UCGGCCCCGGCUUCCUUUUAAAGCCAACCCACUGGAGAUGUCAUCCCCCACUCGGCCGGAGGUCAGAACACGGUGAGCAGCGUCUCUCGUCCAAAAAAGCUCCCGACGCCGUCUCCUUGUCGCCCUUUCACUCCGAAUUGUCUCCAGCCAUGUAUCGCUACCUCGGGGAGCUGCUGAGCCGCUCGGCGGGCAGCGCCCUGGCCUCGGGCUGCGUGGACUCGGCUCUGCCGGCGUCCGCCUCCCUGCUGCGGGUGCGCCGCUACGCCGACGCGGCGGAGCAGCCCGACGACCCCAACUUCUUCCGCAUGGUGGAGGGCUUCUUCGACCGCGGCGCCGCCAUCGUGGAGGACAAGCUGGUGGAGGACCUGCGGACCCGCGAGACCCCCGAGCAGAAGCGGCACCGCGUCCGCGGCAUCCUGCGCAUCAUCAAGCCCUGCAACCACGUCCUGAGCGUCUCCUUCCCCAUCAAGCGGGACAACGGCGAGUGGGAGGUGGUGGAAGGUUACCGCGCCCAGCACAGCCAGCACAGGACGCCCUGCAAAGGAGGUAUCCGGUACAGCACAGAAGUAUCUGUGGACGAGGUGAAAGCUUUGGCCUCUCUGAUGACCUACAAGUGUGCUGUUGUUGAUGUGCCAUUUGGAGGAGCCAAGGCCGGGGUGAAGAUCAACACCAAGAAUUACUCUGAUAACGAGCUGGAGAAGAUCACCAGGAGAUUCACCAUCGAGCUGGCCAAGAAGGGCUUCAUCGGACCCGGCAUCGACGUCCCGGCUCCAGACAUGAGCACAGGCGAGCGGGAAAUGUCGUGGAUCGCCGACACCUACGCCAACACCAUCGCGCACACUGACAUCAAUGCGCACGCCUGCGUGACGGGAAAGCCCAUCAGCCAGGGCGGCAUCCACGGCCGCAUCUCGGCCACCGGCCGCGGAGUCUUCCACGGCAUCGAGAACUUCAUCAACGAGGCGUCCUACAUGAGCAUGCUGGGCCUGACGCCCGGCUUCAAGGACAAGACCUUCAUCGUCCAGGGUUUCGGUAACGUGGGUCUGCACUCCAUGAGGUACCUGCACAGGUACGGAGCCAAGUGCGUGGGCGUCGGCGAGAUCGACGGCUCCAUCUACAACCCGGACGGCAUCGACCCCAAGCAGCUGGAGGACUACAAGCUGCAACACGGCACCAUCGUGGGCUUCCCAGGUGCCAAGCCUUACGACGCCAACAUCCUGGAAGCCGACUGCCACAUCCUGAUCCCGGCCGCCGGGGAGAAGCAGCUGACUCGUCACAACGCCCCCAAAAUCAAGGCCAAGAUCAUCGCCGAGGGCGCCAACGGUCCGACGACCCCCGACGCCGACAAGGUGUUCCUGGCCAACAAAGUCAUGGUCAUCCCGGACAUGUACCUCAACGCCGGCGGCGUGACGGUGUCUUAUUUCGAGUGGCUGAAGAAUCUCAACCACGUCAGCUACGGACGCCUGACCUUCAAAUACGAGCGAGACUCCAACUACCACCUGCUCAUGUCCGUGCAGGAGAGUCUGGAGAGGAAGUUCGGCAAGCAGGGAGGACCCAUCCCCGUCGUGCCCACCGCAGACUUCCAGGCCAGGGUCGCUGGCGCGUCUGAGAAGGACAUCGUUCACUCCGGCUUGGCCUACACCAUGGAGAGAUCUGCCAGGCAAAUCAUGCGCACGGCCGCCAAGUACAACCUGGGCCUGGACCUGCGGACGGCCGCCUACGUCAACGCCAUCGAGAAGGUGUUCAAGGUCUACAACGAGGCCGGCCUCACCUUCACAUAAGCACGCUUAUUACUUCACUUCCCCGCUCACCCUCCUAGUGGUCUGCCCCACAACAGAUCACUUAUUACUUCACUUCCCCGCUCACCCUCCUAGUGGUCUGCCCCACAACAGAUCACUUAUUACUUCACUUCCCCGCUCACCCUCCUAGUGGUCUGCCCCACAACAUAUCACUUAUUACUUCACUUCCCCGCUCACCCUCCUAGUGGUCUGCCCCACAACAGAUCACUUAUUACUUCACUUCCCCGCUCACCCUCCUAGUGGUCUGCCCCACAACAGAUCACUUAUUACUUCACUUCCCCGCUCACCCUCCUAGUGGUCUGCCCCACAACAGAUCACUUAUUACUUCACUUCCCCGCUCACCCUCCUAGUGGUCUGCCCCACAACAGAUCACUUAUUACUUCACUUCCCCGCUCACCCUCCUAGUGGUCUGCCCCACAACAUAUCACUUAUUACUUCACUUCCCCGCUCACCCUCCUAGUGGUCUGCCCCACAACAGAUCCCUUAUUACUUCACUUCCCCGCUCACCCUCCUAGUGGUCUGCCCCACAACAGAUCACUUAUUACUUCACUUCCCCGCUCACCCUCCUAGUGGUCUGCCCCACAACAGAUCACUUAUUACUUCACUUCCCCGCUCACCCUCCUAGUGGUCUGCCCCACAACAGAUCACUUAUUACUUCACUUCCCCGCUCACCCUCCUAGUGGUCUGCCCCACAACAUGUCAUUUAUUACUUCACUUCCCCGCUCACCCUCCUAGUGGUGUGCCCCACAACAGAUCACUUAUUACUUCACUUCCCCGCUCACCCUCCUAGUGGUCUGCCCCACAACAGAUCACUUAUUACUUCACUUCCCCGCUCACCCUCCUAGUGGUCUGCCCCACAACAGAUCACUUAUUACUUCACUUCCCCGCUCACCCUCCUAGUGGUCUGCCCCACAACAGAUCACUUAUUACUUCACUUCCCCGCUCACCCUCCUAGUGGUGUGCCCCACAACAGAUCACUUAUUACUUCACUUCCCCGCUCACCCUCCUAGUGGUCUGCCCCACAACAGAUCACUUAUUACUUCACUUCCCCGCUCACCCUCCUAGUGGUCUGCCCCACAACAGAUCACUUAUUACUUCACUUCCCCGCUCACCCUCCUAGUGGUCUGCCCCACAACAGAUCACUUAUUACUUCACUUCCCCGCUCACCCUCCUAGUGGUCUGCCCCACAACAGAUCACUUAUUACUUCACUUCCCCGCUCACCCUCCUAGUGGUCUGCCCCACAACAGAUCACUUAUUACUUCACUUCCCCGCUCACCCUCCUAGUGGUCUGCCCCACAACAGAUCACUUAUUACUUCACUUCCCCGCUCACCCUCCUAGUGGUCUGCCCCACAACAUGUCACGCCGUCUGCGGCCCUGCUGCUCUUUGCUUAGAUCGCCUGGAAAAAAAACAAAACCCCAAAAAUAAAGUAGACGCUGCCUCCUCGCCUUGUAAUAAACCGUCUUUGUUUCCCGCAAGUUCGAUCAAACAUGUCCGUCAUGUCCUAUUUUGAUGGGUUUUUUUUGGUGAGUGUGUGGUUUGAGCCCACAACACUGCAGAUGCCUUAAAGAUUUAAAGGAACUUUUCAUUUUGUCAUAAAAAAAAAUUAAUCCUUUCCUAUUUUUUUUUUGUUACAAUAUGCAUAUUUUUUUUUUCUCCUCCUGCUGGCAUAAACUGUAUCCUCUUAACCGUCCACUUCCUCGUCUUGGAAUGAAAGAAAUUACCUUUUUAUUUUUAUUGUAUUCCUUUCUUUUUUGGGGGGAAAAACAAUAAAAUGUAAAAAAAACAAAACAAA